GUACUACUAAUAAUAAAAUAUUCAUUCGGCUGGUCAGUCUUCACUUGUUUCUUCAUUUUCUUUUGAUUUCCUUUUGCUUUCAUCUAAAUUUCCAUAUCAUUUCCUUUAGUUAUUCUUCAGGACAAUUUUGAUUCUACUUCUCAUCUACCAAUUGGGGUUUGAAUUCUGUACUGCUUUUGGUGGAUAGAGUAUUAACAACUUCAACUUAGAUCAAAAUUGUAAAAAUUGGUAUCAAAGUAUUAAUCUUUUGCUAAUUUUGUGAACUUGGUUUCCAAGUCUGUAUAUUGAAUUAUGUGGUGAUUGUGAGGAAUUCAUUUUCUUGAAUAAUCUAUCCCUCGACUUUUGUGUUUCAACUAUUUUCCUCUCUGGGGUUUGCUUUUGUCAAUUUGGUGAAGUGGAUUUUUAAAAAUUCACUUAACUUUUAUGGGGAUUUUCCCAAAUUAAGUUUAUCUGAAUUCAACUUUUUGAGCCUUGUGAAUUCUAUAUUGUUGGUGGCCGAAUUCCAAGCCAUGGUUUUCUUGGCUAAUAGGUAGUUUGCGCUAUUGGUUGGAGUGCUAAUGUUUAUGAGGUUGCGGUUCUGUGCCUUCAUAACUUAUGUAGCUCGUUUCAUUUCGUAAAGCUUAGCUGCUGCUGUGGAAUAUAGGGAUGUUUUUCUUAUGCUUAGAUUCUGAAAGAUGCGAAUGGAGCAGAUUAUUUCAUUGAGAAUGGCUAUUUCUGCAUUUUCUUUGUUGCUAUUAGUUCAAUUACCAAGUGUACUUGCCUCUAGGUUUGCCUUACAUUCAAAGGUUUGCGGAACUGAUCACAUAGCCUAUUCAAAUUUUCAUGGUCAUGAAGUGUUUUAUAUAAAUAGGAGUCAAGUGGACAAAAGUUCAUUUUGUAAGGCCCUCUACUACCACUAUGCAAAUAAUUGCAUCUUCGAGAGCUAUCAUGGUAUUAGCCACUGUGCGUCGGAGCUUUCAGUAGCUGGCUGGUCCCUCAAGCUAGGACGAAAACUUUUGCUAAAGGAUAUUGGUCAGGAUACUCCUCCUAAAGACAAGAUGAAUGAUAGCAAGAGUUUUUCAACCACCAAACAAGUUGGUAUAGUAGCCAGUGGAAUUGUUGCCAUCAGUUGCCUUCUUAUAUGUCCUUGUUUUUAUGGGAAGAGGAAAGCAACUUCUCACACUGUUCUUGCAAAAGAUCCAGUUUCAAUGGAUUCAGUUAAAUCGUUGGAUAAUAAUUCUGCUUCCGAAAAGGUUCCACCUAGUCCACUUCGGGUGCCGCCAAGUCCAAAAUAUUCAAUAUCCCCAAAACUCAGUAGACUAGGGUCAAUCCAUCUGAAUUUGAGUCAGGUUGCAAGAGCUACACAAAAUUUUUCAAGAUCACUUCAGAUAGGCGAGGGAGGCUUUGGAACUGUCUACAGGGCCCAACUAGAAGAUGGGCAAGUGGUUGCCAUAAAACGAGCAAAGAAGGAAUUCUAUGCGAGCUUGCAAACUGAAUUCAGCAGUGAAGUUGAACUUCUCGCAAAAAUUGAUCAUCGGAAUUUGGUGAAGUUGCUUGGUUUUGUUGAUAAAGGAGAUGAGCGUCUUAUUAUUACAGAGUAUGUGCCGAAUGGUACUCUUAGAGAACAUUUGGAUGGUCAGCGUGAUAAAAUUUUGGACUUCAAUCAAAGGCUUGAAAUAGCCAUUGAUGUUGCUCAUGGUCUUACUUAUCUUCAUACAUAUGCAGAGAAGCAAAUUAUCCAUAGAGAUAUCAAAUCAUCAAAUAUUCUUUUGACGGAGAGCAUGAGGGCGAAGGUUGCUGAUUUCGGAUUUGCAAGACUUGGUCCAAUGGACUCUGAUAAAACUCAUAUUUCAACUAAAGUAAAAGGGACAGUGGGUUAUCUUGACCCUGAAUAUAUGAAAACCUAUCAACUUACCACCAAGAGUGAUGUAUACUCAUUUGGGGUUUUGCUUCUAGAAACUCUGACUGGCCGCCGUCCUGUAGAGCUGAAGAGACCUUCAGAUGAGCGUGUGACUCUCAAAUGGGCUUUUAGGAAGUUUAGUGAAGGAUGUGUAGUGGACAUGGUGGAUCCGUUAAUGGAAGAAAGAGUACAUGGGAAGGUACUCAUGAAAAUGUUUGCUUUGGCAAUCCAGUGUGCGGCGCCUGUUCGAUUAGAUCGGCCAGACAUGAAAACAGUAGGAGAGUUAUUAUGGUCAAUAAGGGCAGACUACGUCAAGAGUCUAACUGCUAAAAGAACUUCAACAUCGACGUCAUAAUCUUUUCUGCUCGAUGCUUAUCUUCUCAGCCUGUGUAAUCAAACUCCGUUCUAAUAUACGAGACAAAAAUUGCUUUUCGAGUUUCAUCUUUAUCUUUUAAGUACAUACUUAGAGUUGUGGAUAUAUGUUGUUCUUCUAUUGUCAUUCUUUCAUAUAGACUUGCUAAGGAAGAUUUGUUUAGACAGAUUGACACGUUUUCAUUAUAAAGCAAUGUAGAUAAUGCUAAUUACUGUAAGUUUAAACCAA